AUGGCCCCGCGCUCUAACAAACCUAACAUCUACUCUGUGGAGCGAGAGCUGAUGACCACCGGGCUCUGCAACGGCGGCAUCCUGCUUGUGCGCAACCGAGAAACGGGCAAGAAACUCAUCGAGAAGAAGAUCGAGGGCGACGCCGUCCGAGCGGCCAGAGCCACUGACGAAAUCGAGAUACUAAAGCAGCUCCGCAACGGGCGAUAUAUUACUGAAUUGAUUAGUAGCUAUAUCGACUCCGACUUGAGAUAUGCCAGUCUCUGGCUCGAAUACUGUGAACUAGGAAACUUGGAUGAUCUAAUCAGGCGCCAUGCCCCGGAGCGGGACCCUGUGCCCGACAAUAUCCUACUCACGGGGUCGCGGGAUAACCCCGACGUGCGUCUAGCUGACUUCGGAUGCGCGGUGGGAGGCCCGCUGGGCGAUCUCCGCUCUGUUGAGUCUGCUCUGCGACGAGGACAUCCAGAAUUCCUGCCGCCCGAGGAUCCUAAUUUCUCCGAGCUGAGCGAUGUGUAUCAACUCGGACUUACAAUCCUCUGCCUAGCCACGCUGCAGCGAUUUCCGGACCGGAUCUAUGAGCCUAGAGGCUAUAGCGAGAGGAUUCUUAACGUCUUGGCUGAAUGCAUGGAGAGCGAUCCCCGGGACCGUCCUGGUUCGGACGCACUGCCAGAUAAGCUUCACCGGCAGCGCCGUAAGGUCGAGCCUCUACCGGGAGGGAGACUGCAUAUUCGUUGAUAGGAGUCGAUGCAGAAGAGUUGCAUGGCGACGAUGGAGGGCCUGAUGGUUGUGGGAAAGCGAG